AUGAGUGAGACGGCUCAUAAGGGAGACGGUGAAGCCGUCGGGAGGGACACUGCUCCGCUCGCGCAGCAAGGCGCGGGCCCUGCCCCUCACGAACCAAGGCCGACACCUUCCCGCGCGGCGAGCGGCGCCUCGUCGCGCUCCUCCGCCACCAUUGUGGCGCGCCAGCUGCAGGCGAGGGCGCAACAUGCGCGCCGUCUGGCUGAGAUAGAUAAAGAACGAGAGCGGCAGGCCACUGAGCGCGAACUGAGCAUCGUCGCGGCUGAACGCGAACGCAAAGUUGCUGAUCUCGAACUGGAAGCCAAUCUCGCCGCCAUAGAGGCGCGGGGCUCAAGCCGACAUGGAAGCCAUGGCACGCGCAGUCGUGCAAGCGUACAGGAAUGGUUGAAUAAUACGAUUCCUAACACCACUGAGCAACAUUUAUUAAGUGCCAACCCACCUUUCAGGUCCGACGAUAUUGCGGCCCAGCGCGAGCCACUGGGACCGAGAGUGCCGCACGGCGCGAGUGCCGCGGCAUAUGAAAACUCUCCUGAGCAAAAUCGCCCUGAAGACGGAGGAGUGACUCGCUUAGUAAAUUCGCUCGAUAAGUUAAUAAAUAAAGUGAACCAAACGAAGACGGAGCUGCCGACCUUUGACGGCAAGUCAUAUUUAGAUUGGUUAGCUUUAAAAAGAGUGUACGAAAAUAAAGCAGAUAGUUUCUCGCCUACUGAAAAUUUAGCUAGGUUAUCACGCGCCCUACGAGGGGCGGCGCGCGAGGCCGUGGCAGGCCUGCUAGCGGCGGCCCGCGACCCCGGCGCGGUAGUGGCCGCGCUGGACGCGCGUUUCGGCCGUCCCGAGCUCGUCGUCAUGCAUGAGGUGACAGCGGUGCGUGCCCUACCUAAGGUAAGCUACGACGGUAAGGAUCUAGUGAUUUUUGCAAGUCGUAUUCGUAACUGCGUAGAGGUUAUCCGCAUGUUAAAUAAGCCCGACCAUUUACGCUCGCCUGAGCUGUUUCAAGCACUAUGGAGCAAGCUGCCUGCGCUGCUGCGUCCACGGUGGCUAGAUUAUGCUCAUUCGUGCAAUGGUAGUGCUUCAAAAAUUGAAAUGUUUGCCGAUUUCCUCUCGCGCGAAGUCGAUCUGCAAUGCCGAUUUGGAGGCGCUGUUGACUAUGCGCCGGCCCUAAAUUCCCGGCCGAUCGGUAGUAGGGACACAGUAAACAUUAUUGCUGAAAAUAAUCAUUCGUCCGGUAGCAUUCCAACAUCAGUAAAUACUAAUGAUUCUGGUAAUAAUUGUUCAUUAUGCAAACAAAACCAUGACUUAUCUGAUUGUGACAAGUUUGUCAAACUGUCAAUUAAUGAUAGGUGGCAAUUUAUCAAAAAGAAUAAAGUAUGUCAUAGGUGUUUGAAAAAAGGUUUCCAUAAUAAGAACAAAACUUCAUGUAUGAAAAAAGUAUGUAGCGUAGAAGGUUGCGAAAUGCGUCAUCAUAAUUUGUUACACGGGUCUAAAUUUGAACGCGUCGUUACUGCGCACAUCGACGUGGAGGACAACGACGGCACCGCCGACGGCGACUCCUACGACGACGACGACGAGCAAGUGCCAUCGACGUCUAGUGUGACCGCGCCCCCGGCCGGCAGCCUGCCCGAGGCGCCCGCUGCAGCUCCACUGCCUGACGACUCGGAACACGAUAUUCUGACGCACGCGACCUCUUCAUUGCCCAAAGAGCCUUCUGAACGGCCGUUGUUAAAAAUUGUUGCCGUUACUGUGUCUGGACCCUCUGGUAGCGUUGACACAUUCGCGUUAUUGGACGAUGGGUCCUCAGGCACGUAUAUUGACUCUGAAAUUACUUCUCGAAUUGGAGCAAAAACCAUAAACAAAAUAUACGUAAAAAAGGGUCGUCAUUCAACCGAAGUUCACUCUAUUAAAAAGGCUAGAUCGACUAAUAGUUUAGGUGCUGCGCGGCAGUGUGCGCAUCAAGAUAGUGUGCGUAAGUACCCUUAUUUAGCUGAUAUAGCCGAUGAAUUUUGCUACGGGGACAUAAAGCCCAUGCUGAUUAUAGGACUUGACAAUUGGCAUUUGUCAUUCGCUAAAGACGUGCGCAAAGGAACCAGGACACAACCUGCAGCUAUUUUAACAGCUCUUGGCUGGGUUUUGUUUGGUUUCGGUUGCAGCAAGACUAAACGGGUUGACGUUGUCAACCAUAUCGCAGUAAGCGAACUUGACUCCGAUAGCGAUUAUUUUACUGUAGAGCGACUUAUUAGGGAGCAAUUUAAGAUCGAUUCAAUUGGUAUAUCGAAAAAAGAGGCCCGCAACGCUGAUGAUGAGCGUGCCAUACAAGUACUAGAGAGCACAGCUCACCGUCUGCCGGGUGGUCGUUUUGAGGUAGGAUUGCUAUGGAAGGCUGAUAAUCUGGACAUUCCUGACAGUUACAAGUUAGCACUGUCCAGAUUCCUAAGCUUAGAAAAGAAAAUGAUUAAAGAUCCUUGCUAUGCUGAACGUUAUCGUCGCAAUAUUCAUGACAUGCUAUCCAAAGAAUACGCUGAACAAUGUUCUUCUCGCCCUGCUUCUGGACGUCCCGUUUGGUAUCUACCGCACUUUGGCGUGAUUAAUCCGAAUAAACCCAAUAAGUUGCGAACGGUACACGACGCGGCUGCAAAAUCUCACGGCGUGUCAUUAAACUCUUUGUUAUUGACUGGCCCUGAUCUUUUGCAACCUUUGCUGGGUGUUUUGAUGCGUUUUCGCGAGGGUGCCGUCGCUUUAAAUGCUGACAUUCGUGAAAUGUUUCCGCAGAUCAAAAUUAUUGAAAAAGACAGAGACGCGCAAAGGUUUUUGUGGCGAGAUACCCCGGGUGAACCGAUUAGAACGUACCGCAUGUCAUCCAUGAUUUUUGGCGCCGCGUCGAGCCCAUUUACUGCCAUACACAUAAAAAAUAAAAAUGCUUUAGAAUGGCAGGAAACUUACCCUGACGCGGCUCGAGUAAUCAUCGACGACCAUUACAUGGACGAUUGCAUUACUAGCUUAGACGACGUCGGCAAGGCUGCCAAGCUGGCAGCCGAUAUUUACACCGUACACGCUCACGCCGGUUUUGAAAUGCGCGGCUGGACGUCGAAUAACUCUAGUGCGCUUUCGUUGUUACCUAAAGAAUCAUUGCUUGAGGUCCCUCACUCUAAUAAUGUUGACGUUGAAUUAGGUCGUCUGGCUACGCCGGUUCGCACGCUAGGUCUUAUCUGGCAACCCGGAAACGACCUGAUUGGUUUUAAUACUGGUAUUAGGAAAGAUACCGCGUUGCCAGAGAAGUUAACAAAGCGAGAGGUUCUAGUGCACGUAAUGAGAAUUUAUGACCCGCUAGGAAUCCUUGCACCAAUCGUCGUUCGUGGUCGUAUUAUGUUUCAAGACGCUUGGCGCAAGGGUUUGAACUGGGACCAAGAGCUUUCUCAAUGUGACAGCGCCGCGUGGAAGUUAUGGUUUCAAGACCUGAUCUCCACUUCCAGUUUACGGAUACCACGCCGCUAUAACUUGAGCGAUCUCGAGGUAGUAGAGUGCCAAUUGCACGUGUUUUCGGAUGGAAGUGAGUCCGCAUUCGCCGCUGUGGCCUAUUGGCGCUUUCUUUAUGUAAAUGGCGAUGUAGGGCUGUCCCUCAUCUGCAGUAAAGUCCGCGUGUCCCCAAUUAGGCCUGUCUCCAUUCCUCGUUUAGAACUUCAAGGUGCUCUAAUGGCCGCGCGUCUUGCCACGUCGAUAUGCGAAUCCCAUCGACUGAAGCCAAUGAGACGUGUUUUCUGGUGCGACUCAAUGACUGCGCUGGGUUGGCUUCGUAGUGAUUCGCGCACCCUUAAACCCUUUGUAUCUCAUAGAGUUGGCGAGAUACUGGAGCUUACUAACAUCAGCGAGUGGCAUUGGGUGCCGAGCGACCUAAACGUAGCCGAUGAUGCCACCCGUGUCAAACGUUUUGUGCUCUCUCCAGAAUCUCGCUGGAUCUCAGGGCCUACCUUUCUCUUUUCCUCGGACUGGCCUGCUGAACCUCAAAUUGAUGUCAGCGGACUAGGCCGCGAAGAGUAUAAAAAUAUCAUUCAUCUUAUCACCGAGACUGAUCUGCCCGCACCAGUCUCUGCGGAUCCAAGUCGAUUCAGCUCAUGGCUGAGAAUGGUGCGAGCAACGGCAAAAGCGCAUCAAUUCAUAUCACUAUUGCGAAUGCGUAGUAUAAGAAGACGAGACGUCAACUUCAAUCUUCCUCGUCUUGAAGGACUCUUAUGUUCCUUCCAUCCAAGUUGCACAUCCUCUCCUGGUACCUCUAAUCCCCCUAACAUCCUACCAAGAAUAACCGCGACCGAUUUACACCUUGCCGAGCGCCAUAUUUUGCGGCAAAGCCAACUGGAUUCUUUCAAAGAGGAUAUUUUGCGGAUAAAGAAUCGAGACCCGUUGCCACGAAGCAGCCGCCUUUUCACACUGUCCCCCUUCAUAGAUGACAACGAACAACUUCGAAUGUCCAGUCGUAUAGUCGCAGCACCAGGCGUCACCGAUGAAGUUAAACGACCGCUGAUUUUAGACGGGAAACAUCCAACAGCUCGUUUGGCUCAUCAUCAAAGACCGUUCUCUUUCGUCGGCCUGGACUACUUUGGACCCAUACUUGUUUCGGUUGGUCGAAGAAGGGAGAAGCGCUACGUUGCCCUAUUUACGUGCCUCGUCAUCCGCGCCGUACAUCUUGAAGUGGUACACAGUUUAUCGACGGACGCAGCCAUAAUGUGUCUACGCCGUUUUAUUUCUCGUCGAGGAACACCACAUGAGAUCUGGUCAGACAACGGAACAGCCUUUGUUGGGGCAAACAGGGAGUUACGAGCUCUUUACGGUGACUCUGUUGAAGAUUUUGCCGCCAACGAAUCAAUCAAUUGGCGGUUCAUUCCUCCCGCAGCACCUUUUAUGGGUGGAGCGUGGGAGCGGUUAGUUCGCAGUGUUAAAGAAGCUUUAAAAGUGACCCUCAGAGAACAGGCUCCCUCAGACGAAGUUUUGAGCACACUAUUGGCGGAGGCUGAAGCCCUGGUAAAUACGCGUCCGCUUACGCAUGUGUCGCUUGAUCCCGAAGCUGAUGAGGCUCUAACACCGGCCCACUUCAUACUCACAUCUCCAUCUGGCCACCCCAUACCCGCUACCCUGACCGAGGCGGAUCUACUUAGUCCAAGCAAGUGGCGCAGAGCGGUGAGACUGGCUGACCAUUUUUGGCAGCGCUGGGUAAAGGAAUACCUACCCUACUUGGCACCACGUGCGGGGGGAGGGUCGCCGCCUAAUGUCGCAGUAGGCGAUAUCGUGAUAGUUUGCGAUCCUAACCUACCAAGAGGCUCGUGGCCCAAGGGUCGCAUUACCGCCCUUUACCCUGGUAGAGACGGGAUAACAAGAGUGGCGGAUGUUGUUACCGCCGUCGGAGUGCUGCGCAGACCCCUAAGAAAACUAGCGAAGGUCCUCGUCUCUCUCUAA